AUGGCCCAAGCUGGCGGAGCAGGCGGCUACAAUAACCCGCUGAAGAAAUUCAAACUGGUAUUUCUUGGGGAACAAAGCGUGGGGAAGACGUCACUUAUAACACGCUUCAUGUACGACUCCUUCGAUAAUAUGUACCAAGCCACGAUCGGCAUCGAUUUCCUUUCGAAGACCAUGUACCUCGAAGACAGAACUGUGCGCCUACAGUUAUGGGAUACUGCUGGGCAGGAGAGAUUUAGGAGUUUGAUCCCUUCCUACAUUCGCGAUUCCAGCGUUGCUGUAGUGGUCUACGAUAUUUCGAAUGCGAAGUCCUUCCAAAACACUAAAAAAUGGAUAGACGAUGUGCGGGCGGAACGCGGUAACGAUGUCAUAAUCGUACUUGUAGGCAACAAGACCGAUUUGAACGACAAGCGCGAAGUCACCACGCAACAAGGCGAGGAGGAAGCCAAGAAGAACAAUUUGAUGUUCGUCGAGACAAGCGCAAAGUUAGGACACAAUGUGAAGAAUCUUUUCAGAAGGAUAGCGCAAGCCCUACCUGGCAUGGAGGGGACAGAUGCUGCGGCUCAGGCUUCUUCACAAAUGAUUGACGUCAAGACCAAUACACAGACUCCGCAGCAAGAUGGAUGCUCAUGCUAG